AUGAACCCAAACCCAUCCAUUGCGAUCAUCGGCGGCGGGCCAAGUGGUCUACUCUUCGCUCGCCUUCUCGAAAUCAACGGGAUCACCGACUACAUCGUAUACGAGCGCGAUGAGACCGCCAUUCCAGGUCCGUGGCAGCAAGGAGGCACACUUGACCUCCGCCCCUCCUCAGGUCAACUGGCGCUCCGCCGCGCCGACCUGUUCGAUCAGUUCAGCAGAUUCGCCCGCUGGGAUGCCUCGUGCUUUCAUAUGAUCUAUCCAAACGGAGCUACGGCGAUGCGCCAUGACCAGGAGAGGGAUGCUCCUGAGAUCGACCGUCUGCAUCUUCGUCAGCUGCUCCUGGAGUCGAUUCCAGCGCACAAGAUCCGGUGGGGUCAUGCUGUGAAAAUCGUCGAAAGGAGAGCGGCAGAUGGCAGCCAAGCUGUUAGUGAAGCUAGUGAUAUAGUCAUUCAUUUCACGAACGGAACCAUUGCGUCUGGGUUCCGGUUGGUAGUAGGGGCAGACGGGGCUUGGAGUAAAGUCCGUCCUUUGAUCACGACAGCAGAGCCUGUAUACUCAGGCAAAAUGUUCAUCGAGGGCCGCUUGUCACACGAGAACCCUGGGUUCGCCACCGCCAAAGAGCUCGUCGGACCAGGAAGCAUGUUCGCAGCCGGGCAUCAUAAAAAGCUGGCCAUACAGCAAGUCUCUAAUGGCACAUAUCGCGUAUACUUUGGGCUGCAAUCCCCCGAGAACUUUUACCACCACCGCGAGUGUAACAACAGCUCCUCUGGGGACGAAGAUCUCAACAAUCGCACCGAGCAACUGCGCAGUCUGCUGCUCUCGUCGGACGAGUACUUCGCCACAUGGGGACCGCAGCUGAGGGAGUUUGUCGAAACCGCGGAGGGGCCCUUCCGUGCCUGGCCGUUGUAUCGGAUGGAGCCCGAGAAGCUUUGUUGGGGUGGGAAGACACCUGGGGUGACAUUGCUGGGGGAUGCAGCGCAUGUCUCGACACCCUUUGUGGGAGAAGGGGUGAAUUGCAGCUUGUAUGACGCUGUCGUGCUGGCUGAUAGCAUUGUCAAGCAUUGCGGUGUCGGUGCGGGAUUCGAUAGUGUGAGUGCAGAAGAGUUGAACCGUGCUUUGCAGGAAUACGAGGAAGAUAUGCUAGCGCGAGGUCGAGAUUUGAUUGAGCGCAGCAUGGCGAUGGAGGAUGUAUUCUUUUCCGAGGAUGCAGUGACAGGAGUUCUCGAGUUCUUCAAGAGUUUCAGUGAGAAGUCUGAGUAGAGACAUCGGU